UGAUUCUAUGGUGGGGAUGGGCUGAUUGUUGGACUAAAUGAUCUUAGAGGUCUUUGCCACAGGUUCAGCCCAGAUUUUUGGUUUAAUGCUGGUAGGCACCUCCAUUGUAUUAUUAUGAAUGGUUAUUUUAGUAAAUAUGGGUUGAGCCCUUGAGAGCGGCAGGAAGAAUUCCUCUUCCUUUAAACUGUAUGCAGAAUUUGAUUGGAGAGCAAAGCGGGAGCUGACGGACUUGCUUGGCCACAUUCUGAUACGUUUCUAAAUGGACAGAAAUAGAAGCAGCUUUUGCACAGAAUCAAAGCCACAUGAUAGGUCUGGUGGCCUGCAUCCCAAAGGUGCUUCCAAGGAAUGUGUAUUUGGCAUUGGCCCUUUGUAUUUUUGCAGUCACAGGGAUGCAGAGUUUCAUAUGGGGGAAUCACUUGACAGUUCAGCCUAAGUUGUUUGAUUUAGAGUUUGAUUUCCUCUCUGUGGGGAGAGCUCCUUAGAUAUAAGGAAAAAAAAAUCUUUUACAGUGGGUGGUGAGGCACUGGAACAGGUUACCUAGUGCUGUGGUUGAUGACCCUGGAAAUUUCCAAGGCAAGUCUGGAUAAGGCCCUGGGCAACCUGAUCUAGCUGUGGUGUCCCUAUUCAUUGCAGGGGAGUUGGACCAGGGAGCCUUCAGAGGUCUCAUCUAACUCUAAGGAUUCUUCAGUUCUAUGAGGUGGUGCAGGUGGUCAUUCAUUUUUUCCAGUGUGGCUUUUUAAAUGAGUCAUCUGACUCUUUAAAACACUGGAGUGCUGCAGGAUAAAAAUAAACUGGGGUGUGAUGGUUGUGUCAGAACAAUCUUGGCUUUGGCAGCAGUGCUGUGUUACAGUUUGUGAAGACGGAGGAGUUGCAGAGAUGUGAAGAAAUGCGGGUAAGAAAUGGAAGGAUGGUCAGGUCCUUCCUGUCAGUCUCCAUGCCCACACAUUGAUUGCACUGAGACAGCUGAUGAGGAGCAAUAGCUACUGGAUUUAGUUUGAAAGUCCAGCAGGUGCAUCCUCACCGUGUGGGUCUGUGCAAACAACGUGUAGGAAAAUCUCAGCAGAUGGCAGUUUUGUUGGUGGGUACCAAAAUAAAGCCUUCUUACAGCCUGGUUUAGGAGUUUAGCUUUCUGUUGUGUACUUUUAAUUACUCAGAAAUAUCUUCAUGUAAGUAUUGUUCCUUUUUGUUGUUGUUGUUUGUUUUUUAAUUAUUUAUAUUCACGUAGAAAUCCUUUUUCAUGUGGAUUAUUAAGAACCAAAGCCACGUCUUUUUGCACUACAAGUUUUGGCAAUUGUUUCUCUUGUGGUAAUCUUUAGCUAUAGAUAUUCAGAGCACGCUACUGUUGUCUUCUCAGUCAGUUCUUAUUGCUUCAGUCUUCAGGACUGAUGCAAAGAGUACCCCGUGUUGAUGAUACAAUAUAAUUAGACCUGUUGCAGUAAGCAAGAGAAAUGUGUAGGUCGAGUUUUAAAAUGCUUCUGAAAUGCACCAGUGUACAAGAAACAAGUUGGAAUCUAACUUAUUUUUUACUCCUAAAAUAUUACAAUCUGUAUUUUGAACCCAAACUGUAACCAAUUAUUUCUUCAAAAAUAAAGUGUGCCUUUUUGGAUUUAUUUAUUUUUACAGCUUUUUGUGAGUUAUUAGAAAGAUGAAGUGCUGAUUUACGGUAAGCAUGGCAAAAGAUAAAGGUGAUAACAUAUAAGUCGGGGAUUUCAGGAGCAUUCGUGUCACUUUCUGUUCUAACCUUGAUAGUCUUUUUCAGUGUCUACCAAGCAAGUGUAAACUCUUAACCCAGAGCUUCAUUUGGUCCUUCAUGUAACUGACUGAUCCAGCAGAAAAUGUCUGAUGCCAUGAAUACAACUCGUUGAACUUCUGCUUCUGCAUCACAGUGUUCAGUCAAUUCACCAGAUACAUCAGGACAUUCAAAAACAUAAAAGAGAUGUGUGAAAAUAGGACCAAAAGUGCAACUUACAAGAAAAGACGUUCAGUUAAGACACAUGAGAAUGAGCCUAGAAACUUGUUCUGGCAGGAAAUGACUUAGAUACGUACCAACACCAGUUCAUGGAGCUUCAUCAAAGACUACUGUAUGCUGAAAAAGAAAAUAAGAAAAGAUCGCAUGAGCUGAGCAGUGCACUAGAUGAAAUAAAACAUAUAGUUGCCAAAAGAAUUAACUUGACAACAAAUCAUACAGAUGGCAUGAAACUAUUAAAUGUCACCAGAAAACUCCCUGUGCAUCUUACAAACCUGUACUACUACCUACCUCACCUUCGAGAAUAUGAAGAUGCCAUUUUUCCAAAUGUUAUUAUCGGACAACAGAGAACUGGAGUCUCACUGGUGAUAGGUAUUCCUACCGUGAAAAGGGAAAAACAAAGUUACCUGAUGAGCACGCUGCGUUCCUUAUUGUAUGGACUUUCUGAAAAGCAGAAGAAUGACUGUGUAAUAAUCAUUUUUGUAGCAGAGGUGAAUGCAGAAUAUGUUAACAGUGUUGCUGAAAGGAUUAAAACCAGCUUCCCCAGAGAAGUCCAGUCUGGUGUCCUAGAGAUUAUUUCUCCUCCUGCUUCUUAUUAUCCAGAUCUUUCCAAUCUGAAGAAAACAUUUGGGGAUUCGGAGGACAGAGUAAGGUGGAGAACGAAACAGAAUUUGGAUUAUAGCUUUUUAAUGCUGUAUGCUCAACCUAAGGGAACAUUUUAUUUACAGCUGGAAGAUGAUAUUAUAGCCAAGCCUGAUUACAUUCAAAGCAUAGAAAACUUUGCUGCCCGACAGUCCCCAGGGUGGUUGUUUCUUGAGUUCUCCCAGCUUGGAUUUAUUGGAAAACUGUUUAAAUCAGAAGACUUGCCACUUAUUGUAGAAUUUUUUCUGAUGUUCUAUAAGGAUAAGCCCAUAGACUGGCUUCUUGACCACCUGCUCUGGGUCAAAGUGUGCAAUCCAGAGAAGAAUGCAGCACACUGUGAAAAGGAAAAGGCAAGGUUACGUAUCCGUGCUAAGCCAUCUCUCUUUCAGCAUAUGGGACUUCAUUCAUCAUUGUCUGGGAAGAUACAGAAUUUGAAAGAUAAAGAUUUUGGCAUAAGUGUGCUACAUCAUGCACAUAAUAAUCCACCUGCAAAACUGGAUACAAGUCUAAGAAUAUACCAGCAGUAUACCUUGGAAAACGUUUAUGAAGGAAAAGGCUAUUUCUGGGCUUCAGCUCCAAUGGCUGGGGACUAUAUCAGCUUCACCUUUUUGAAGCCACUAAAAGUAGAAAAAUACUUUUUUAAAAGUGGAAAUAUGGAUUACCCUGGAGAUAUACUACAUGACACUACUGUGGAAGUGCUGCCAGCUGAUGAAGCUGUAAGGAAAGGACUUGUUGGCAACAGAAGUAAAUUUAACUACACUGCAACCAAAGACGGAUAUUUAAAGAUAGGAGCUUUUGAAAAUGGAAUUGCAGAAGGCAGCAUUGAUGUGGCAGUAGGAGAAAUACUGGCUAUUCGUCUAUUAGUCAAUUCUGAUUCCCCUGUAUGGGCAAUACUUAGUGAGGUACUUAUCAAGAUGGCUGAAAACUGAUAACUGGAAAAAGUCUAUUUUUGACCUGUCACUUGUUACAGACUCAUUUGAAGACUUAUCAAACAGCAACAGAACUCUGAGUGGAUAAAUAAAUCCAGACCCAAUACUGUGUAUUGGCAAAGAAUGGAGAUAAUUGUUUAAAAAAAAAAUUUUUUUUUUAAAUUGUUAAAACUUUAUGUAACAAAUAUUAAAAGCUAUGAAAAACUUGAUUAUGUUAGAAAUAUCCAUAAAAUGCUGUUGAUUCAGCCGCUCUGUAUAAAAAUCCCAUCUCAGUUGGACAACGUUAUGUAUUACUGUAAGGAAUUGACACUACAGGCAUCGCAAGCAACCUCAGGGACGAAACAGGACAGUAUAUUUCUAGGUCACUAGAAUGAAAUACAUGGAAAAUUGGUAUGACACGUGUAACUCUAUUUUUGUCAGAAGAAAAUCUAUUGAAAUAA